GUUUAACUGAUCUGGGUUUUGUGAUGGGAGAAAUCUUGACCAUAGAUUUCUAAUCUUUGGUUUUUAAAACCCUUUUUUUUUAUCUCUCAUCGCCGUCUCAAAGGGCUUUUCUUUUUCUCUCUAUAUGUACCAGUAACUCACCAUUAUUCUUGCUCUUUUGUUUCGAAGGUGAUUGAGAGGCUGCUGCUUUUCGAGCAAAAAUUCGUCGAUUUUAGUGAGAUUUAUGUCUGCUAAGUCCACUUUGGCUGUGAUUGGGGCUUUGUCUAAGCUCUGGAUUCUAUCUUCUUCCUCUACAACAGCAUCAAAAAGUUUUUCUGUUUGUUCUUCCGGUGGUGGUUCUUGUCUCUGCUGUACACAGCGGAGCUUAAAUCUGGGGUCUCCGGCUGUUUCGAUGCGUUUGAGGCCAGAAAGGACUUGUUCUGGUGUCGAGUGUUUUGGGACUUUUCACAUAAAGCGAUUCUCUUACCUAUUUUUGUUCUUGAGAGGGCCUUUCACUUGAUCAAUCCUUCACUUUUUGGUCAUCCAUUUCUUGAGUUUUCCAUUAGUUUUUGUUGCCAUUAGUUUUAAAUUUAGGGGUUUUGCCAGUUUUUCGUGAUGACAGUCUUGAAAAAUCAGCUUUUGAACCAAACUAAUCCCACCAAAAUGACCAAGACUGAGCAGUCUAAAGUCAGAAAAAUUCGUGUCAUUUACCAUGAUCCUUACGCUACUGAUACUGAUUCAAGUGAUGAUGAAGAGUCAGUCCAAAGAUCUCUAAAGUCUAAACGAUUUGUUAGAGAAAUUAAUCUUCCGUUUGCUGUUUUUCCUCAGUCUGGCUGUCUUGAGCCUGAGAGUUCUUGUCAAGACAGUAAUAACAGCGGCAAAACCCUUGUCAAGAAAAGAAGGGUUGUGAGUCCUAAAACCCUAACUUCAACCCCUACAACCACCACCACCGUCACCACCACCACCACCAAGUCAACUGUGAAGAAACCUGUUGGUGUUAGGCAGAGGAAAUGGGGUAAAUGGGCAGCUGAAAUCCGAAACCCGUUGACCAAGGUCCGAACUUGGUUGGGUACUUAUAAUACUCUUGAGGAAGCUGCUCAGGCUUAUGAGUUGAAGAAAAAAGAAUAUGAUGCUAUGGCCAUGGCUAUCUCUGAAAAGAGCCAAAAUGUUGAGUCCUCUGUAGCCAUAAACAACAAUGGUAGUCUUCCUGUGACUAUCACCUCAUCAUCUGAUGAUACCGAUAGCGUUUUAUCGCAUACGUCGCCGUCUUCAGUUCUUGAGCUUGACACUUCAGCUGUUUCCGACAUGAAAAAUGUCGAUGAUUUUUGCGAUUUGGUUCUUAAAGAAGAUGACUGCUUUAACACUGAUAUUGCAGUCGGAGAUCUUGAGAUACCCGAUUUGAGUUUCAUGGAUGAGCCUUUAGGGUCUUGUCCAAUCGAUAUCGAUCAAGAUCUUAACUUCGGGCUGGAAUUCGGAGACUUGAUUGACGACUUCGGACAAUUUUGUGAUGACUGCUGCACCCUUGAUGACCUUGAAAUUUGCGGGCUGGAUAGCAACGAGCCAAGUGCUCUUCCGGAUUAUGAUUUUGAGUUCGGAAAUGAAGAAUUUACGUACUUAGAUGAUCACCAUUUGCUUCAGCAACAACACCAGCAGCAUCAGUUACCGCUCAAUAUCGCGUGCCUAUAAGUUUUGUAGCUAGGAAGUUUUGUUCUAUUAGUUAUUAUAUCUAAGUUAAUAUUACAGCAACAAGUGAUCUCAAGAACUGAAACAUGGGUUCUUGAGUUUAGUUUUUUUGUGAGAGUUCAAUUUAUUGUUUAUUUUGUUCAAGAGAGUUAGAGUAUAGAAUCUCUUGGGUUUUAUUGUGCUAUCUGAGCCGUCCAAUAGAUUCUGAAAAUGAUCAUCGUUGCUGAAUUAUGAGUGUUCCUCUCUUGUUCCUGAAUUAAGUUAUGAAAUGAGAUUAAACUUUUAUGUGUUA